UGUAGUCAAAGAACAACUUUUAGAAGUUAGAACAUUUAGAACAAAACGUUAUAAUUUGCAAGAAUGACGACGUUCUUUACACAGGCAAAAUAUAGGUUUCUACCUAUCCAAGACGACAAGAGAAUUGAGACAUGGCCAUUCCUUCAGGCAUGUCAAGAAAUUGUUCCUUUCUUUGAUAUUCUUGGACCCACAGCAUUUGCUCCAGUCAAAUCUGAUAUCAAUGGCAAUAUCGAGAAACUUACAAAAAAAUACAAGGAAGACCAGGAGAAAUAUAAGGUUCUACAAGAUAUAGUUCAAAGUGAGAUUGAUUCUGGCACUACAAAGGCGAAGAAUUCCGCAACCGACGCACUUCUUUGGUUGAAGAGGGCGUUGUCCUUCAUUCUGGUGUUUCUUCAGGAGGUUCUGACUGGUGAGCAGGAUCUCACAAAGUGCGCUAAAGCAGCCUACGAGGGAACUCUAAAGAAAUAUCAUGGCUGGAUGGUUCAGAGCAUUUUCUCAUUGGCGAUGAAAGCCGUUCCAUAUCGGAAAGAUUUCAUUCAGAAACUAGGAAAUGGUCAAGAUGAAAGUGUCGUCCUGGCCGAAAUGGGAGAUUUCGUGAACGAAUUGAAGAACACUUUCGACGUAAUAACCGAGUUUUAUGAACAGACCGGUCAGGAUGAUCAAAAGAAAGUUUAAUAUGAAUUUAAUAAUUGAUAUAGGUCAGUUAUAUAGAAUUGAUUAAUAUGAGAAUUUAAUUAUAGUAUAUAGGUCAUUAUGCGAUAGCGAGUGCAAUUUAGGAUUAAUAGUACGGGUCAGCCUCGUUCCCAGGCUCUUCGAAUUACCUCGCGGAGAAAGUCACGACAAAAAUUCCACCUUGUGGUUUUGGCAGACUAAAAUCAGAUACUGUUUGUAUGGCACUCCAGUAUAAUUCAUAAUGGUAAUACAACGAAUAGAAGUUUAAUUAAUGCGAAAAUCAUACAAGUGAUUACAGGCCUAAAAACGCCCAGGUUGAUGCAAUAUUGAUAUGAACAGGAUGGAGCAAUGUUGUGCUGCCCACAUUGUUCAGAGCU